AGUAAAUGCACCAAGGCCAGGAAUCGCAGAACAUCAUUACAUGAUUUACGUGACAAAUCCGCGUGCUUUGUUUUUUUGUUGGAAUUGCACAAGUUGAUCAAGCAAGAUGAAGUUGGCAGUGGUGCUCGUUUUGGUGGUGGCGCUCGCCUCCUCGUCCACCUUCUUCCUCUGCCACGCACACAAGGGCGUGGACGUGUCGCAGGCCACCUACGAGAACAACUGGAAGUGCCUCAAGUCGCACGACUACAAGUUUGCAAUCAUCCGCUGCUAUGAGAGCGUGGGCCGCGUCGACUCAAACUGCCCGCACACCGUGUACAAUGCAUGGGACGGCGGCAUGGACGCCGUGAGCCUGUACUUCUUCCCAGAUCCCCGCGCCGACAACCCAGCCCACCAGAUCAACAGCAUGGUCGAAUACCUGGCAAAGUUCAACAUCAAGCCAGGCGACAAGAAGCCACACACGUACGGCAUGCUCUGGCUUGACAUUGAAGGCCCGCAGUACUGGACGUCCAGCAAGGAGAAGAACCGCGAGUUCUUCAAGGGUCUGGUUGAGCGUGCGAAGCAUCAUGGCAUCAAGGUCGGCGUCUACACCAGCGAGUCCCAGUGGUCUCCCAUCAUGGGCGACUGGCACGGCGGCUCAGACCUUCCGCUCUGGUACGCCCACUACGAUGGCAAGGCCUCCUUCAGCGACUUCCGCCCCUUUGGCGGCUGGCACAAGCCAUCGAUGAAGCAGUAUGCUGGAAACAUCAACGUCUGCGGCGCCGGUGUCGACGAGAACUGGCACCCAUGAGCGUGCUAUCAGGCAGCACGGCAUGAUGCAACCACAGCAGCGGUUCGCCUCAUCUGUCAAUCGUAGUCAACAUUCACCAUUCACACACGUCAACCACACAUCAAUGUCGUGGUACAUUCCACCUUCAACAUCAACAUCAACAUCAACAUCAACAUCAGCAUCAGCAUCAACAUCGCCACGGCUCCACAACAGCCCAUCGCCUUCCGUUACCAUGUCCAAUCCCCCAUUUCUGGCAGUGCGUGCCAUACACCACGCUACCACGUCACGCUUCGACAAGCAUAUCUUUCCUUUGCUCUUGUUGCGUGUUCUUGUUGCGUGCUCUGGCAUGUCGCCUGUUCUUUCUUCCUUCUUCCUUUUCAUCCUUCUUCUAUCCUUUCUUCACCCCCUCCCCCCUUUCUCUUCCCUUUUUGUUUUCCUUCAUACGGUGUACUCGCAUUGCCACGUCUGUUCUCAAUGCUCCCAUGCAACAACACCACAUAGUCGCCUGUAGUAAACAUACAACCCACGUCACACGGUUGUG